CGCUGCGCGCAUGUGCAGUGAAGCGUCUGUCGCCAUUGCUGUUGAGAUUGUUCUCGUUCCGGCCCGGUGACAAGCUGACGGGGGUAUCCGACAAGAUAGAGGAGCUGACGGAUGGUGGGAGGGAGAGAAAGAGAACAAGGUUAUUAGAGACCGAGCGGAGGGUGAGGAGAAAGAGAAAACGAACAGACGCUCGUUUUCAGUGAGUAUUAACCUCGUCCUCGUUUGAUGGAUCCGAGAGUAGCCUGGUUUCAGCCAGAACAGCUCGGACCUGCCAACAUUUUGUGGAUGCAAAUUUGGGAAACGACGCAAGGGCUGAGGAAUCUGUUCUUUAAUAAUAACUGUGCGGCGGCAACGGCGACGGCAGCGACGAGUGUGGGCACCGAGACUAUGUUGAGGGAUAGGAGCAGCCAGGGAGGAGGGGACUUAGGCGUUCAGAGGGAUUUCCUCCCACUCGAGCCCAGCGCAAAUAACACUAACUUCUCAGCUAGCCCAGGAGAAGGUGGCUGCAGGAAGGGCUACCCCGACAACAGCAAUAGGACCAGUGGCACGGGCAAUAAGAGGAAACGGGACAACAAGGCAAGCACUUUCGGGUUAAACUACAGCCUCCUGUCUGGAAAUGGCCAUUACAACGGAACUCCCUGGAAAAGCCGGAACUACAGCGAGGGAGUCUUGGGACUUCAUGAAGAAAUUAUUGACUUCUACAACUACAUUUCGCCUAGACAUGAAGAGGAAAAAAUGCGGUUGGAGGUUGUUGAAAGAAUAGAAAGUGUCAUCAAAGAACUGUGGCCCAAUGCUGAUGUGCAGAUAUUUGGAAGUUUUAGCACUGGCCUGUACUUGCCAACAAGUGAUAUUGACUUGGUCGUGUUUGGAAAAUGGGAAAGUCUACCUCUUUGGACUUUAGAGGAAGCACUUAGGAAACACAGUGUUGCUGAUGAGAGCUCUGUCAAAGUCUUGGAUAAAGCAACCGUACCUAUUAUUAAACUAACGGACUCUUACACUGAAGUAAAAGUGGACAUCAGCUUCAAUGUACAAAAUGGAGUAAAAGCUGCUCAGCUUAUUCAUGAAUUUAUCAAGAAGUUUCCUGUGCUCCCGUACCUGGUUCUAGUGCUGAAGCAAUUCCUGCUGCAGAGAGACCUAAAUGAAGUGUUCACUGGUGGCAUUGGCUCCUACAGCCUAUUCCUCAUGGCUGUUAGUUUUCUUCAGUUACAUCCUCGGGAAGAUGUCUGCAGCUGUGAUGCUAACCUUGGUGUGCUUCUAAUUGAAUUUUUUGAACUGUAUGGAAGGCAUUUUAAUUAUCUUAAGACUGGUAUUCGGAUAAAUGAUGGGGGCUCAUAUGUUGCUAAGGAUGAAGUGCAAAAAACGAUGGCUGAUGGAUACAGGCCAUCAAUGCUUUAUAUUGAGGAUCCACUGCAACAAGAAAAUGAUGUUGGUAGGAGUUCAUAUGGUGCCAUGCAGGUAAAGCAAGCCUUUGAUUAUGCCUAUGUUGUUCUAAGUCACGCUGUAUCUCCAAAUGCAAAAUAUUUCCCAAACAGAGAGUGUGAAAGUAUAUUGGGUCGAAUAAUCAGAGUAACUCAGGAAGUUGCUGACUACAGGACCUGGAUACAUGAACAUUGGGGACCACCGAACAGUAAUGAUUCUCCAUUUAAUGGGAAUGAUGUGACUUUGCUUGUUGGCCCACCACAGCUGGAUAAAUGUAACAACAAUAUUUCAGAAGAUUGUGCAGUCAUAGGCCAGCCCAGAUGCAGAACCUCUGAAACAUGUCUCAGCAAACACUCUUCAAACUCAUCUGGUCCAUUGUCUUCUGCAUCUUCUACCUUAUCGAGUUCAAGUGAUGUUGACUCUGAUGGGACACCUUGCAAAACUUCCAAACAAUCUGGCAGUCACCUGACCACUACUAACAGAUCAGUGCCACAGGAAUCUGCAGCAGAAUCGUCUCCAUUGCCAAAUUUGAAAGCGCAGCAUAGUACAUCAAGCAAUUCAACAAUUAACACCACUAAAGCUCAGCAUGGUGCAGCAAGACUAUUUCGUUCAUCUAUCAAAGGCUUCCAAGGACAACAGAACUCCAACCAUGUUGGAAGUGUUACAAACAAACAGAAUCCAGGCAACAAGCCACAUCAGCAGCACUGUCCUAGCAAAAAGAGGAAGCACAAAGGAGAUGCUGCCUCAGCAGACUUGUGUCGGUAGUCUGUUUUUGACUUGGUUCAAGAAAAUUCCUACAGUGAUCCCAUAAGCUACAGAAGACAGGUAGCACUAGACGGGAUCUUCUCAGACUUUCCCAGGAGAAUGGAUUUUGAUUUGUUUUUUCCAGAUUGCCAUAAAAUGAUCAUGGGUUACGGUGGUUGUCGCAAACAUUGCUUCCCUUUUUAGAUGGGCCAUAAGCUGCAGUGGAGCAGACUGAAGAUGGAAUCGAUGCACAAAAAUGCCCCUCCCUGGGUUUAAGAUGUAAUGGAAGUUGAUCAGAAAGGAGUGUUGGAGGAUCUUAAAAUUAUUGAAAAAUGAAAUUUCCAUUGCUUCCUUUGCAAGGGAAAUUUUAAAUGUUACAACAAAAUGUAUACUUUGUGCACGAUUUUAAAAUUAUUUUUGCAGAUACUGACAUUUUUAUUGUGUAUAUACGGAAGGUUGUAUCAGCACAGUAUUUGCAUUGGUAACCUUUGUUUUCAGUUAAUAGUUUUUACAUGUCAUUGCAUUUACAUUUAAUAUUGAAAUUUUCUGUAUUACUUGUUAACUUAAUGGAUCCCAAGGAUGUUAUUUGACACGGCUUAUAUAAUGAAAGGCUAUAUGGUAAGCUUAUAAAGUGCUCUACUAAUACUUAUCUAUGUAGCAACUUCCAGAUUCAUUUAUUGGUUUUUGAAAUAGAAGAUAUUGCUCCAGCAGCUGUUGAAAUACUCAGUUAAAGGCUUUAAGUAGCACAUGGCAUCUGGAAAAGUGAAGCGCAACGUUUUUAAUACUGUUUAAUUCUGUAUGCAGCAUGUAGAUAUUUGUACAACAGUUAAUGCUGUAUGAACAGAAUUGUUCCUAUCAAAUAUUUUGAAGGAAGUUUUAAUAUUUCCUUGUCUCAGGUGUUACAGUAAAUAUUCAUUGUAUUUUACCAAAUGGAGUGAUCACAAAAUUUCCUUCUAAAUACAUCCUUCUAGAUCUGGCAGCAUAAAUCUGUGUUGGUCCCUAUUUCUGGCUUUUCUAUGUUGUGAUAAUACAAAUUUUAAGUUGAACUCUAGAACAAAUAAUAUCAUACUUACUUUCUUGCAGCAGUAACUUCCUAGUAUUCUGCUGUAAUAGAUAGAUCUUAUGAUCUUGAAACUUUUAUGCAUGCAUAUCUAUUUGCUGAGCCCUUCAAUCCUGGUAUAAUUCUGGCUUGGAUUCUUCUACGUAAAAUUAUGACCAAAUAUCAUGCGACUAACUAAGACCCAUUAAGUGUUGACUAGCGAUAUGUGUGUUUACACACUUUGUAAGCUGAAACAAUAGUGAAAAGACUCACAGUACAAUGUUCCUUUUAGCUGUGAAUGAAUUUGGUGCUUUAAAAUCAAUACUACAAACAGCAAUCUACUUGUGAUGAUGGGGACUGUACCUGCAAAGGCAUGGACUUAGUUACUAUUGCUCUAGGGCAAAAUGAUCAAAAAACUACAGUAAAUAAAGCCAAUUGGAGUGGUGAGGAAAAUAAAAUGUUCUCUUUUUUUUUGUUUGAGUUAUUUAUUUAUUUAAAAAUUUUGCAGUUAUUUUCCACGAUGCAAAAACAGCAAAUUGAUAAUUGAUUGGUAAAUCAACAGAGAAAACUAUUCUAACUGUUUUACUGAUUAGUCAUGCAGGCAUUUAAAUCCAAAUGUUAGAUUACUAAUCUACUUAAACAUUACAUUGGGCAUGGUUUGGAUUGGAGGAAGGAUUCCAUCAAAAGUCUAUAAUAACUGAGCACCCCCUACAUAACCACCAUGGCAUUUAGGUUCAUCUAUGCCAGUGAAGAACCACUUUCAUGUCAGAAUGCUUCAAAGUGUUGCCGAGAUCAGCAACGAGAUUUUUCUUUUAACAACAAUCAGCCUAAUUUACAGGCUAGUCACCCAAUCAGCUUCAUAAUUGGCACAUUACUAGUACCUAAAAGGACGUACAAAUGAAUUAUCUCAAAAGUAAUGGUGUUCUUAAGUUUUUUUUUGCCAACAUUUACAGCAGGGACUAGAGAUGCUGAUUGUACAACAUUGAUCAUUCCACACAAAAUUACCAGUUAGAAUUAAAAUUAGGCUGACGUUUCAGGCCUAGAAAUUUUCUGAAGAAGGGUCUAGACCUGAAACAUCAGCCUUCCUGCUCCUCUGAUGCUGCUUGGCCUGCUGUGUUCAUCCUUGUUGUCUCAGAUUCUCCAGCAUCUGCAGUUCCUACCAUCUCUGAAACAAUUAAAAUUACCAUGUUACUUAAGAUUUUGUGUGAACAGAAGUUGAUGCAAACUUGUACUGUAAAUAUUCCCACAUUGAACUAUUGCCAGAUACUUUCAAAUAAUCUUAACUAAGACUGUACUAGUUGUAGGUAUUGAUUUUGGAGGUGUCACAAAUAUCUUUCGAGUUAAAUGCCGUGAGCUUGGUUAGCAAAUAUACUUCAGUACAAAUAAACUACAAUCCAGUAACUUGGAUCAUAGUGAUAUUGAGAGUCAUGCGGAGGUCGUGACAUGUUGAUAUUCCAAGUUAAUUUUUAUAUAUUCAUUGAAGAAACAUGAAGUUUCAGUUACUACAUGUAGUAAAUUGAUAUUGCUUCAAUGUGUGCUCCUGAUUCAUCUUUAAACAAUCAGUACUGUAUGACAGAUGGUGUUAAAGAAAAUUGAGUGGAUGGAAUUUUAGCUUCAAAUUGCACAUGGUCAUAAAAUUUUGUCAUAGGAAAUAGUAUUUCACAAUUAUAGAACCUGACUAUUUAAUGCUUGAUCAUUAGUAUUCUGCAGCAGCUUAUACAGUCAUAGCUUGUAAUACGACUGAUGUAAAAGGGAAUUUGAAAUAGCUGCAUACCAAAACACGGUAAUAAUAACAGUGAAUUACCACACUAGAUGGAGCAGUAGUUGAAAAAAAAUUACAUUGAUUCCAUUGGGAAUCUUUGCCAGCAUUUUAGAAGUUUUGUGAGUUGUUAUAUUAAACUAUUUGUUUUCAAGUGUAAUAAAUGAACCUCAAUUUCUGAGACAGCACAACAUCCUUGAAGCAAUGUAUGCAUACUUUUGAAAAUGAAAGAUCGGACAGGUUUAUAUGGUUUGCCUUAAACUUUUUUAUAGUCAUUCAUACAAACAUAAAACUAAAGUUUAAAACAUCAAAAACUCAUAAGAACAGUUGACCUGUUCUCUGCUUGGCAAUUUGUGGUUUCUUAUCUGUAUUUCAUAUUAGUUUUGCUUGGCUGCUUCAAACUUUCAAGUAUACAGUAUUUUACUUAAUUUGUUUCACCAAGUUUGAGUUUCUGAACAUUUUUGUGAUUAUUGCAAAAUGAACCUUUUGAUUUCAGUGCUGUAAUUUAGGACGUACUUCGUUUUUUUUAUUAUGAACUGUACUGCCUCUGCAGAACACACAGUGGAAAAUCUCAAUCUAUAAAGAAAAAUGAAUUGAUGUUAAUGUACACGCUUCAUUAGACUAGAGUUCUAAUUACGUUUCUGAACAAAAGCGUUGAAUUAUUUUUUGUUUAUAGAUGUUGACCAAUUGGCUGUGUAUUUCCAGAAUUUGCAGUUUGUUUUAAUUUUUGAAUUUGCUGAAUGACUCUACACCUCAAUAACUGCUAAGUCUGCACCUCUCAUGACAUUUUUCUCAAAGUAGCUUUUAAUUUUGUUUCUUCUUCUGGUGAUUUACUCAUGCUGUUCAGCUGGUUGACAGCAGUUCCUUUUCAUUGCUGUCUUUCUUUGUGUUCUGCUGCUUCCCCUAUUAUUUGUGUUUUUACUUCUGUUCAAUUGGUAGUUAAAGCUUUUAACUUAUAAUAACUAGAUCCUGUAUAUUGAAUAAGUCCUGCCUCAACUGUACAAUUCCCAGUGUCUUCAAAAUUGCUUUCUAAUUUUUGUUGUCCUUUACAUUGGUUUCACUUUUAGGUUGAUCAUUUGAUAAAUGUUUGACCCGGCAAACAUUGUUCUGAUUUUUUUUUUGGAAUGAUUUGCUGUCUUUUGUAAUUGAUUCUCCCAGAAAAUCUCCUGUAAACUCAGGAGUUUACAUGUAAUUGCUAAUAAAAUAAAUUGUCUUCCCAUGUCCAUG